AAGUGCCUUUACCUUCCUCCGCUUCCUCACGCUCUUCCUGCCUGCAUCGAUUCUUCCGCUAAGCUCUCUCAUGUCAACUUGAUUUCGACUCUAGGGCGACUUCAAUUGCUGCAAGAUUCUUCCACGGAUUUCUCGUGCCGAUCGAACAUGGAAGUGUUCUUCUCCAUGCGGACAAGGCAUGCGCUUAGUCUAUCCUCUUCCUCCUCGCUUCCGCCUCCGAUUUCUGGAGAAGAGUGCAAAUUUUUCGAGCGUAGGUAGACUUCGGUCACGGGUUUAGACUGGAAGCGAAUGGUAAAAUAGUGCUCGAGUACAAGAAUCGAUGGGCAACACAUGCGCUGGACCGAGAAAUGUCUUCUUUCAAUCGGUUUCCACCGUCAUCUGGCGCUCCGCCGACGCGGAAGACGCCGUCGCCGGUAACGACGUCUCUGCCGCUUUGGCUCCGAUUUCCUCAGUCACUGAAGCUCCCGAGCCCGUCACGAUUCACGGCGUCGGAGCAAAGCCUCCCGGCGCCCUCCAAGUGGCCGGGAACCCGUUGGUGGCCGAAGCCCCUUCCAAGAAGCCCUCCCGAGUAAAGCGAGUCAGCUCUGCCGGCCUCCAGGUGGACUCGGUAUUGCGGCAAAAGUCGGUGAAUUUGAAGGAUAUUUACAACUUAGGAAAGAAGCUCGGUGAGGGUCAAUUCGGCACCACCUACUUCUGUGUCGAGAAGGAAACCAGCAAGCAUUACGCUUGCAAAUCCAUCUUGAAGAGGAAGUUGAUCACUGAGGAUGACAUCGAGGAUGUGAGGAGGGAGAUCCAGAUAAUGCACCAUGUAAAUGGCCUCCCUAAUGUCAUCUCCAUCAAGGGGGCUUAUGAAGAUGCUGUGGCUGUUCAUGUGGUGAUGGAGUUGUGUGCAGGCGGUGAGCUAUUUGAUAGAAUAAUCCAAAAAGGGUACUAUACUGAGCGAAAGGCUGCUGAACUUGCAAGGGUAAUUGUUGGGGUUGUGGAAGCUUGCCACUCCAUGGGUGUCAUGCACAGGGACCUCAAGCCUGAAAAUUUUCUUUUCGUGAACCAAAUGGAGGACUCAACCCUCAAGACCAUUGACUUUGGAUUGUCGGUAUUCUUUCAACCUGGUGAAAUAUUCACUGAUGUAGUCGGUAGCCCAUAUUAUGUUGCACCGGAAGUCCUGAAUAAGAGCUAUGGUCCUGAAUCAGAUGUUUGGAGUGCUGGAAUAAUAAUCUAUAUUCUUUUGACUGGGGUACCUCCCUUUUGGGCAGAAUCUGAACAGGAUAUUUUUAAAGAGGUUCUGUAUGGUAAACUUAACCUGACUUCAGAUCCAUGGCCAAGUAUAUCGGAAAGUGCAAAAGAUCUUUUAAGAAAAAUUCUCGUGAGAGACCCGAAGAAAAGGUUGACUGCCCAUGAAGUUCUAUGUCAUCCUUGGGUACAAACUGAUGGUGCAGCUCCUGAUAAACCUCUGGAUUCUGCAGUUCUCACCCGCCUGAAAAAGUUCUCGGCAAUGAACAAGUUCAAAAAGAUGGCGCUUAGGGUUAUUGCUGCUAGCCUAUCCGAGGAUGAAAUUGCUGGCCUGAAGGAGAUGUUUAAGAUGAUAGACACAGAUAAUAGUGGGCAAAUAACUUUUGAAGAACUCAAAGCUGGUUUAGAAAGAGUUGGCGCCGAUCUCAAGGACUCAGAAAUUUACGAGCUUAUGAGAUCAGCAGACGUAGAUAACAGUGGUACCAUAGAUUACGAUGAGUUUAUUGCUGCCACACUGCACCUUAACAAGAUCGAGAAAGAGGAUCACUUAUUUGCCGCCUUCCAAUAUUUCGACAAAGACGGGAGUGGUUACAUAACCCCAGACGAACUGCAGCAAGCUUGCGAAGAGUUUGGUGUAGGAGAUGUUCAGCUAGAAGAAAUGAUCAGGGAAGUAGAUCAAGAUAAUGUAUUCAAACAUGCCCUUUCUUCUUUUUUUUUUUUGUCAAUUAUAGAUCGCGAAGUUGGAUAUCUGAUGAACUGUCUGUUUCAUCGAAUUUUUCUGUGCAGGAUGGGCGCAUUGACUACAACGAAUUCGUCGAAAUGAUGCAAGCGGGAAACACAGUUUUUGACAAAAGAGCAUCGCAAAAUAGUUUCACCUUUAGUUUUAGAAGGCUGUGAGAAGUUUGUGACAGUGCUGUUCGUGAAAGAGCUUUGUUUCACCUUUCUUUUCUGUUCCAUUAGAAUGUCAUAUUCUUUUUUCCGGAUGUUUUUCGAACUGAUCAGGAGGGUUGAACCCGACUUAACUGAUCGAAUUGUUGACCUAGUCCGGUUUCUGAAACACUGAUCUGCCACUGUGUUUUCUACUAGAAACACAAAUUAGGACAAAACAAGUUUCAUUCGUUGUAUCCAGCGUAAAAGUGAUACCGUUCAUCUUAA